AUGACUUACAACUGCUUCCAAUGUGGUAAAUGCUUUUGCAAGCAUGGCAACUUUGUGCUACAUCAGCGGAUUCACACCAGGGAGAAGCCAUACAAGUGUCCAGAUUGUGGGAAAAGUUUCAUUGCAAAUUCCCACCUGGUGAACCACCAGAGGAGUCACACAGGAAAGAAACCCUUCAAAUGUCCUGAGUGUGGGAAAAGUUUCAGUCAGAAUUCCCGCCUGGUGAACCACCAGAGGACUCACACCAGAGAGAAACCCUUUGAAUGUCCUGAAUGUGGGAAAAGUUUCAGUCAGUGUUCCCACCUCAUUGGCCACCAGAGGACUCACACCGGAGAGAAACCCUUUGAAUGUCCUGAAUGUGGGAAAAGUUUCAGUCAGAGUUCCCACCUCAUUGGCCACCAGAGGACUCACACAGGAGAGAAACCUUUCCAAUGUCCACCUUGUGAACAAUGCUUUAGGCGUAAAUCAUCUCUGAUUGCUCACAAGAAAAUGCACAUGAGGCAAAUAUUGAACAGUUUAGAGAAAGCUUGAAAUUCAUUUCUGAUCUCCCAUUUGGAGUAUAGAUGAGAAAUUGAUUAUUUAAAUUC